AUAAAUGGCAUUUCGGGAAAUUCGGGAAAUUCGGAAAAGGGCGGCAUAAGAGAUGAGAUAACAUAUGAUGUUAGUUAGAAGAUUGAAGAUAAUGCCGUCGGAAUAAGAGGAAAACGGCCAUGCCAUAGCGUUUUCCGCCACUGUAUUUGCAGAAGAUAUGCUUAUUCCUUGCUCAACGCCCUCUCUUACCUCCGCCCAGUCUCUACCUUACGUGGCGUUUUCAGCAUGUCCAAAAUCAAGAGCUUUCAUAACUCAAAUCAAGCAAGUACAGCGCUGCUGCUCAUGUCAUAGUUUCAAUCACAGCAGUGGAGAGAAUUCUUAUGUAUCAUCAUCCAAUGAGAAUUCCAGGCGAAAGAUUCUGCUAUUUUUCUUAUCAACUACAGGUUUAUUUCCAACUCGGGAUUCUUCUGCCAAGACAAAGCUUAAGAAUCCAUAUGAUGAAAGACGCUUACUAGAACAAAACAAAAGGAGGCAAAGAGAAAACAAUGCACCUGAUGACUUCCCAAGCUUUGUCCGAGAAGGUUUUGAGGUUAAGGUAAUAGCACCGGAGACCUAUGUAAAACGCGACUCUGGGCUCAUAUAUUGGGAUAUCGAAGUUGGUAAUGGUGAUUGCCCCAAGGAUGGUCAGCAGGUGACUUUUCACUAUGUUGGCUACAAUGAGUCUGGUCGUCGAAUUGACAGCACAUACUUACAGGGUUCUCCCGCCAGAAUCCGUGUGGGCACUAAUGCGUUGGUCCCAGGAUUUGAGGAAGGAAUUCGAGGCAUGAGACCAGGGGGAAAGAGGAGAAUAAUAAUUCCACCAGAACUUGGACCACCUGUGGGGCCUUCCACAUUUUUCAGCUCGAAGCAGUUUGAAGUUUUUGAUGUGGAACUGUUAAACGUCAAGGAUUGUCAGAGGAGGACAAUAGCCUUUUACUCUGAUAUUGUUUGCAACUAGGAGUUGAAGAUUGUCUUUUUUGAGGUACAUGGAUCUUUGAGACGAAUCACCCUAAGAACUCCAUACCGCUCAAUGUAUAUGCUGAAUUUAUUGCCUUCUCUGCUGAGAAACCUCUUAGAAAAUACGCAAAUGAGAUGUUUUUACCGUGAUUGCAUUAGAUUAAAGAUCAGAUCACCAAGUUGCACGGACUUUUUCUAUUUUUCACUUUCUCCCUAUGAGUAGGAUAGAUCUCCUGAGCCGGCCUUGGAGCACAACAUCAUGGCUUUGACUUUGCUUAUCAACCAUUGCAAGUAAUUGAACCCCUCUUCACGUGUAUAAAACACAGCUUAUUUAAAUUAUUAUCUUAAAAAUUAUUGGUUUCUA